AUGAACAGCAUGAGGAGGGAGAACCAGAGCAGCGUGUCCCAAUUCCUCCUCCUGGGGCUCCCCAUCCCGCCAGAGCAGCAGGGCAUGUUCUUUGCCCUGUUCCUGGGCGUGUACCUGACCACGGUGCUGAGCAACCUGCUCAUCCUCCUGCUCAUCAGGCUGGACUCUCGCCUCCACACCCCCAUGUACUUCUUCCUCAGCCACCUGGCCCUCACAGACGUCUCCUUCUCAUCUGUCACCGUCCCUAAGAUGCUGAUGAACAUGCACACUCAGGAUGCAUCCAUCCCCAAAGCCGAGUGCAUUUCACAGACUUAUUUUUUCAUACUCUUUGCUGAUUUAGACAGUUUACUGAUCACUUCAAUGGCCUAUGACAGGUAUGUGGCCAUCUGUUACCCUCUCCACUACACCACCAUCAUGAGGGAGGAGCUGUGUGUAUCUCUGGUGGCUGGAUCCUGGCUCCUGUCUUGUGCCAGUGCCCUGUCCCACACCCUCCUCCUGGCUCGCCUGUCCUUCUGUGCUGACAACAUCAUCCCCCACUUCUUCUGUGACCUUGCUGCCCUGCUGAAGCUCUCCUGUUCAGACACCUCUCUCAAUGAGCUGGUCAUACUCACUGCAGGAGCUGCCGUUGUCUUUCUUCCACUGAGUGGCAUCCUGGUCACUUAUGGUCGCAUUGGAGUCUCCAUCCUGAGGGUCCCUUCUACCAAAGGGAUCUGCAAAGCCCUGUCUACAUGUGGUUCCCACCUCUCUGUGGUGUCUCUCUUCUAUGGAACGAUUGUGGCACUGUACCUUUCCCCCUCAUCGGGCAAGUCCAAUGUCAAAGACAUGAUUGCCUCACUGAUGUACGUAGUGGUGACCCCCAUGCUGAACCCCUUCAUCUACAGCCUAAGGAACAGAGACAUGAAAUUGGCUGUGGGUAUUCUUCGCAGAAACAAUAACCUUUUCAUCAAGUGA